AUGUCUGACAGAGAUCCUGUUGCCGCCGGUCCCAGGGACCCGGAUGGCCUGAACCGCGAGCCGAGGCCCCAUCACGUCGAGCGGGUGACGGAUCAGCUCGAGACACCUUCGCUCGACGACAGAACCUACCGUGUCAUUCGAUUGUCCAACAAGCUUGAGGCUUUGCUGGUCCACGACCCGGAGACGGACAAGGCCAGCGCCGCCCUCGACGUCAAUGUCGGCAACUUCAGCGACGAGGAGGAUAUGCCUGGCAUGGCCCAUGCCGUGGAACAUCUUCUGUUCAUGGGCACCAAGAAGUUCCCGGUGGAGAACGAAUACUCCCAGUACCUGUCCAACAACUCGGGUAGCUCCAACGCAUACACGGGCGCAACGUCGACAAACUACUUUUUCGAUGUCUCAGCAAAGCCCGCCAACGAUCAGGAGCCAUCGGCCUCGAAUCCUUCGCCCUUCAAGGGUGCGCUCGACCGCUUCGCCCAGUUCUUCAUUGAGCCGCUGUUCCUCGAAUCGACCCUCGACCGAGAGUUGCGCGCGGUGGAUUCGGAGAACAAAAAGAACCUGCAGAACGACCAAUGGCGACUGCAUCAGCUGGAGAAGUCACUCUCCAACCCAAAGCACCCAUUCUGCCACUUCUCGACCGGUAACCUGGAUGUUCUCAAGGUUCAACCCGAGACAAAGGGCAUCAAUGUGCGGAAGAAGUUCAUGGAGUUCCACGAGAAGCACUACUCGGCAAACAGGAUGAAGCUGGUUGUUCUCGGACGGGAGCCGUUGGAUGUCCUGGAGGAUUGGGUCGCUGAGUUGUUCGCUGGAGUGCCCAACAAGAACCUGGUCCCGAACCGCUGGGAGAACGAGGUCCCCUUCCGCGAGAGCGAGCUCGGAAUGCAGGUUUUUGCCAAGCCUGUCAUGGACUCUCGUGAGCUGAACCUCUUUUUCCCCUUCCUCGACGAAGAGGCCAUGUAUGAGUCUCAGCCCAGCCGGUACGUCAGCCAUUUGAUCGGCCACGAGGGUCCUGGGAGCAUCAUGGCAUACGUCAAGGAAAAGGGCUGGGCCAACGGAUUGAGCGCCGGCGCAUACCCUGUUUGCCCGGGCACCCCUGGCAUCUUCGACUGUCAGAUUCGCCUGACGGAGGAGGGCCUCAAGAACUACAAGGAAGUCGUCAAGGUGUUCUUCCAAUACGUCUCACUUCUCCGGGAAGCCCCACCUCAGGAAUGGAUUUUCGAUGAGCAGAAGGGCAUGGCAGAUGUCGACUUCAAGUUCAAGCAAAAAACGCCCGCCAGUCGGUUCACCAGCAAGAUCAGUUCCGUCAUGCAGAAGCCUCUGCCGCGGGAGUGGCUGCUUAGCGGGUACAGCCGGCUCAGGAAGUUCGAUUCUCAGUUGAUUGAGAAGGGUUUGGCGUGCUUGAGGCCAGACAACUUCCGUAUGACCAUUAUUUCUCAGAAGUUCCCUGGUGGCUGGGAUCAGAAGGAAAAGUGGUACGGUACAGAGUACCGUCAUGAGAGUAUUCCCGACGAGUUCAUGGCGGAGAUCAAGAAGGCUGCCUCCAGCCCUGCUUCGGAACGACUUGCCGAUCUUCACCUCCCCCACAAGAACAAUUUCAUUCCCACCAAGCUCGAGGUCGAGAAGAAGGACGUGAAGGAGCCAGCAGUAUCUCCUCGCGUCGUCCGAAAUGACAGCCUCGCUCGGACGUGGUUCAAGAAAGAUGACACGUUCUGGGUGCCUAAGGCCAACCUCGUCAUCAGCUGCCGGAACCCCAACAUUUAUGCAAGCGCAGAGAACGCCGUAAAGGCUAGACUGUUUACGGAUCUCGUCAGGGACGCCCUCGAAGCGUAUUCGUACGACGCAGAACUCGCGGGUCUGCAAUACACCGUCACACUUGAUUCCCGUGGACUGUUUCUCGAUCUCAGUGGAUACAAUGACAAGCUAGCAGUCCUCCUUGAGCAGGUUCUGAUCACGAUGCGGGAUCUCAAGAUUAAGGACGAAAGAUUCGACAUUAUCAAAGAGCGACUCAACCGAGGAUACAACAACUGGGAGCUCCAGCAACCCUUCAGCCAAGUCUCGGAUUACACGACAUAUCUUAACUCAGAGCGAGAUUACGUCGUGGAGGAGUCCUUGGCUGAGUUGCCCAACAUCACGGCGGAGGAUGUUCGCCAGUUCAAGAAGCAGAUGCUUGCGCAGCUGCACAUUGAGAGUUAUGUGCACGGCAACCUCUACAAGGAGGACGCCCUCAAGCUGACCGACAUGAUUGAGACGAUUCUGAAGCCCCGCGUGCUUCCGCGAGCUCAGUGGCCUGUCAUUCGAUCCCUGUUCAUUCCUCCCGGAUCCAACUAUGUCUACAAGAAGACCUUGAAGGACCCGGCGAACGUGAAUCACUGUAUUGAGGUAUGGCUCUACGUUGGUGACAAGAGCGACCGUCUUGUCCGUGCCAAGACGAUGUUGCUUGACCAAAUGUGCCAUGAGCCGGCCUUCGACCAACUCCGAACCAAGGAGCAACUGGGAUACGUUGUUUUCAGCGGAGUGAGAAGCUUCUCGACAACGUACGGCUUUAGAUUCAUCAUCCAGAGUGAGCGCACUCCGGAGUACCUCGAGUCGAGAAUCGAGGCCUUCCUUAACCUCUUUUCGAACAACUUGGACUCGAUGUCAGACGCCGACUUCGAGGGCCACAAGCGCAGCUUGGUUGUCAGACGCCUCGAGAAGCUGAAGAACCUGGAUCAGGAGAGCAGCCGACACUGGGCCCAAAUCUCCAGUGAAUACUACGACUUUGAGCUGGCCCAACAAGAUGCUGCACACAUCAAGACGCUCACAAAGGCGGACAUGGUUGAGUUCUUCCAGCAGUAUAUCAAGCCAGGCUCGCCAACCAGAGCAAAGCUCUCAGUGCACUUGCAUGCGCAGGCAGGCAAGGCGAUAGAGACAGAGACAGAGACAGAGACAAAGGUCAAUGGAGUCAAGGAGGGACAUGGUGAGGCAGCCAGCGAUGCUGAGCCUGUUCUCAUCAAAGACGUCCGCAGCUUCCGGGCAAGCCUGCAGGCAACACGGGGUGCCCGGUCAGCCAAGGACCUGACUGAAUACGAAGACACGGAUGCGAAGCUAUGA